AUGACGGGGAAGUCGGUGUACUCUGCCAGUGACGAGUCGUUGUCGCCGCAGGUGCAGGAGCGCGGCUCACUGCGGACCUCUGGCGACGGCCGGAGCCAGUUCAUCGGCAGCUCCAGCGGCGUCUACUUCGUGAACACGGUACGACGCACCUUUGCCGACGCCGACGUGCGCCUGUCGUCCGUCUUCCAGGACAAAGACAACCCGUCGCCGGAGGAUUGCAUCGUCGCGGAUGAAGACGAUAGUCGCUCCACAACAAGGCGGCCGGGCGAGGACAGCACGGCAGCAUCACGGGCGCCAAGUCCCCGACCGGGCGUCUCUAUUCCGGUGGACCUGGGCCGGCCUCCGCCGCGCGACGUCGCGAGGAAGCUGUUCAUGACCUACUUCCAGACCUGGCACCGAUUCUUUCCCUUCCUCCAUGGGCCCACCUUGGCCAAGGACAUCGAGUCGCUGUACUCGUCGUCGGACGAGGAGCCGUCGUACUCGGCCGCCACACAGGGUGCUCCAGACGGGCUGGCGUUGCCCCUUGCCCGCGUCAUCAUCCUGCAGUGCUUGUUCAAUCUGGCCAGCCUCCAUGGUGACGUCGAGCUACCGGCUGCAUCACGGAUCGGCAAGCCCUCCCGAGUCCUUUCUUGUCUGCUGGGCCUCGCGGCCAAGGGUGACAUCAUCUCGACCCAGGCGCUCUUCGCAGCCCAGCUCCUCCUCGUGGCGCGCAUGUCCCUCCGCACCGCCGUGGUCGUCGCCGGCCUGCUCUCCCGCGCCAUCUUCCUGGCGGGCCUCCACCGUUGUCCUGUCCGGUACCGCGAGCUCUCGGCCGACGACUGCGACAACCGGAAGAGGCUGUUCUGGGGCAUCUACGUCCUCGAUCGGUUCCUCUCGCAGGCCCUCGGGCACCCCUUGGGAGGCGAUCAGGAGACUGGAGGGCCGACCCCGAGCGGCUCGAGCCAACAGCGUGACCGCCAUCUGAUUCUCUUCUGCCAGGUCGAGUACUCUCACCUGCUAGGCAGGGCUUCGGAGCUCUUCCCCAAGUCCAUCCACGUCCGCUCCAUAGAUCCUAGCACGGUGCUCUCCCUCCGGACCGAUAUGAACGCGUGGUCGAACUCGCUGCCGUCCGAACUGCACGACUUCGGCUUCGCCACGGAGGCGGACAAGCCUUCAGAGAACCCGAGCCAGGUCUUCAGCGCGCCGGCCUUUUUCAAUCUCCUGCACAACCAGCUACGCCUCCUGAUCCACCGCCCGUGGCUGUCUCUGGAGCCGUCUACUGCCGAGUUCCAGUCCGCGCUGCAGAUAUGCAUCGGCUCGUCGCGCGAGAUCAUCCUUAAUAUGAGGAAGCAGCGCGGCGCGGGAUAUGCGCUCUUCUAG